AUGGAAACCACCCGAGCCGAGCCUUGGACAAAGAAAGUUGAUGACAUGGAGUCGAACGGACGGACUCGUCCAAGCUCGCCAGGCCGCCAGACCGCCAGACCGCCAGACCGCCAGACCGCCAGGCCGCCUGGCUGUCAAGCCUGCCAAGCCCGCCAAGCCCGCCAAGCCAGAGCACCUGCCUGCACCAGACGGCAUAAAGCUCGCAAUACCGAAUCGAGGCUGCGAUGCAUACCACGUACCAUUUUUGCCAUGUCCUGUACCACGUACCACGCACCACGCACCACGCACCACGUACCACGUAGCGCUGCCCUUCCAUCGGGCUUAAUCCUCCGGCACUGCCACCAGAGACGGGCAUCAUCCGCUGGUUCUCGCCCGGGUUCCUGGCCCUGGUUGGAUCAAAAGAGCCUGCAGGCUGCGGCACUGUUUGCGCGACGCCCGCCCCGCCCCGCCGUCGCAGGUGCCAGGCACCAGGCACCAGGUACCGGUACCUGGGGCCGCCCACCAUCCGAUCCGCCUGGGCGGGAAUCGAUCUGA